UGUUUGAAUUCCUUCCCUCUGCUUUUCUUUUUGUCAAACAACACAACCAGGGUCGAAGAGUUUUGACAUUUUGAGUUAGUGUUUUCAAGGUGUGCUGAUUUGCUAUCUUCCUUCUCUACGAUAUCCUUGCGCUUCUUAAAUUGUUCGAGGAACUAUGAGCUAUGCCAGUACCUCUUUGUUUUUAAGACGUGUAGGUAAUUUUGUUUUGAAAAGAAACUAUCCUGUUGUCUGGAGUGGGGUGGGUGUUGCUGCCGGAGAAAGAACCAUGUCUGACAAAGUAAAGGAAUCCAAAGAGGAGCUGAAGAAACGACUGAGCCCCAUUCAAUACCAUGUGACACAAGAAAAGGGAACUGAGAGGGCUUUUACUGGGAAGUUCAACAAAACUUCUGACGCUGGCAUUUACAGCUGCAUUGUUUGCUCUCAAGACCUAUUUUCAUCAUCCACCAAGUUUGAGUCAGGGUGUGGCUGGCCUGCAUUUAGUGACGUGAUUGAUCAGGGAAGAGUGAAGCUCAGCAAGGACGCGUCUCAUGUUGGAGCCAACCUGCUAUUGUUGAUCGCGAACCCAGGUAUGGUCCGGACGGAGGUGACCUGCUCGAGCUGCGGGGCCCACUUGGGGCACGUCUUCAAUGAUGGGCCCAAACCGACGCGCAAGAGGUUCUGCAUCAACAGCGCUUCGCUCGAUUUUCGUCCAGCCGAUCCUUCAGGAACCGGUCUUGUUAAUCUACAGUGAUAUGUCUAAGUUAAUUCUUACGAGUACUUAAGAAAUGGUCAAUCUAUUUUCAAUUUUCUUUUCCUAUUUUAAAAAUAAUGUUUGAUUUGAACAAAUGCUCAGUUGGAUAUUAUCCUUAACGGGUUCUGGGUCUUUUGGAAGAAUGCGUUCUGUUUGCAUUGUCAUUUUUUCUAACAAUUUUACUCAGGUUAAGGUCUUAAAGACAUUUAAUUGAAGCCAUGUACGGGUUAACAAACAUGUAUCGUCUAAGUUAUUUAAUAUAUUUCCUGCAAAAGUGACCCAGCCCUUUAAAGUAAGUAUGUUGAAUUGUUAAAGUUAUUAAGUCACUGAUUCUUGUGAUUCUUACUCAAUUCAAACCGUUUAGACUUGCAUUUGUCAUAAUUCUUCUUCAGUUGCACCUUAGGAGUUGUUUUUUUGUCUUUACCACUCUGUCAAAAAUGAUCCUAUUGUAGUAGUCUCAAUCCUAUUUAGUGUAACUCUAGAUCCUUAAUGUAUUGUCAGGGGCUUUAGUGGAAACAGGAUACAUAACAGCCCAGUAGUGCCUGACCAUUACUUUUGUAAUUGUUAGGAGGAGUGCGUUUUCUUGCAUCAUGCUAUUCAUGGUGCUUUGUUUCACAUCACAAUUUUUGUUGACAGAUGUUAGUGAUUCUCAAAACUUACAGCUCUCUUCUGUUAUUUUGUUGUAAGUGUGCGCCUGUUUAAAGAGCUUUCUUUUCUUGAUUAAUUUAUUUUUUUAUGUAUAGUUACAAAGUUUGUAAUUAAUUUAAUGCUUGCUAGCCGUGUAAUCUGACAUUAAAUCUCUGGUGGGAGCUGGCAGGGUUGGCAAUAUGGACAACGGAAUAAUCUUACUUUCGUACCUGUCUGACUUUGUAAACUGAUGACCUGCGAGGCUAGACUGUACCAGUACCGUCAAAGUUGAGAGGAGUUUUACAUUACUCGUUAUGAUAUUUUAAGAAGGGUUCCACAUGUACAAGUGAUAUGUCUGACUGCUUAAAAAUCUUGAGCUGGAUAUGCUGUCUACUAAUGUUUCUACUUAAUCUGUAUUCUAAUCACUGGUGAAAGAUGUUUGUUUUAAAAAAAAUAGUAACAGCUAGUCAAGAUGAAGUGAUUAAUUGUAGUGAUUCAAUUAUUAAAACAAUUAAAGUAUUUUUGUGAGA